GACAGUGACAGAUGACAGGAUUCAGCUUGAGCUAAGCGAGCGAGAUAAGCAAGAUUUUGCAUUUAUUGAGUUACCUUUAUUUCUAUAAACUUCCUUGGUCAGUUCAUAUUAUUAAGCACGAAACACUCGGAACAGGCUUUAAUGGUCAAGUAACGACUAAAUUCGAUCAAAAUAUUGUGUAGGUACUGAUUUGUUAUUAAAGUCAUUUCAAUUAUCUUGUGUGUGUGUGUGUAGAAAAUGAAUAAUGAGGCAAAUAGGCUCAAUACGUUCUCUACAUGGCCCGCAUCGGCUCCUGUAGACCCUAUCAGAAUAGCCAAGGCCGGAUUUUACUAUACAGGCGAAGGCACUGAAGUCCAGUGUUUCUGUUGUGGUGGUAAAAUAUCUGAGUGGAACUAUGGGGACCAAGUAAUGUGGCGUCAUCGUCACAUGGAGCCAAACUGCGAGUUCGUUGUGAAUCCCCGCCAGUCGGGAAACGUGCCUUUGGUGUUGGGGUCAGAAUGCCCUUCAACCAUAGACUCCUCUACUUCUUGGACCUCUGAGGAACAAAUUGACCCUAUAGAAUCAUCUCAGGAUUAUGGAUUAACUGAAGAAGAUGAAGUGUAUAAAAGUGAUCCAUUACGGCUGUUGUCCUUUAUCAAUUGGAAUGAUACUUCUGUAUCCCGGGAAGCGUUGGUCAGUGCUGGCUUUUACCAUGCUGGUCAAGGCCGACUCCGCUGUGCCUGGUGUGGGGGAGAGCUAGCUCCGUUUAGACGAUUUGGUUCCCUUGGUACUCCGCUUGAGGUGCAUAGAAUGUACUUCCCAAGAUGCCAGCAUGCCGCUACCCUGGAAGCGGCGCAACAUUCGACCCACCUGUCUCCGCCAGCCUCGCCCACCCCUGAGACCACUCCGAUACAGUCUCCUCCAGAUACAACUGAUCAUUCAUCGCAAUCUGCUGGCGCAGAACAUAAUGCUCGUCUGCUAGAAUCUGGCGGUUCCUGUCGCUCGCUGGGAGUGGUGGGGGGCGUGGCGCGGCACCCUGCGCAGGCGACGCUAGCGGCGCGACUCGCGUCUUACAACGGCUGGCCGGCGGACAGAACGCAAGUCCCGAUGACACUGGCCGAAGCUGGCUUCUUCUACACGGGCACUGGGGACCAGGUUCGUUGUUUCUACUGCGACGGCGGUCUGGGAAUGUGGGAAUCCCAAGACGUGCCGUGGUCUGAACACGCGCAAUAUUUCCCACACUGCGGAUACGUGUUGCUCAUCAAAGGGCAGGAGUAUGUGGAUUCUUGUCAGAAUAGAACUUCAGUACAGCGGACCUUUUCUGCUGACAGCGGCCUUAGUUCUAGAAGAAGAAAUCCUGGUGUAAAUUUUCCUAUUACUGAAAGUCAGGUAGAAGAAUGUAUGGAGAGCAGCGCGGCGCUGGCGGCGCUGGGCGCCGGGCUCGACGCCGCGCGCGUGCGCAGGGCGCUCGCGCGCCGGCUGCGGGCCACGGGUCUGCCAUUUAAUUCGUCGGAGGCACUGAUCGACGCAGUCCUCGACGAGCAACUGAACGAAGAAGCGUGGAGCGUCACGCCGCAAAGCCAGAGGUUCGCCAGGGACAUACUAGCGGAGACUCUAAGAGAUUUCGCGCCUAUUUCUGGAAUAAUAUCAACACAAUGGGACGACAGACCAGAUAGCAGAGUGUCUUCAUCAAGCCCCACACGUUCUGUAUCUUCCGUGAACCUCAGACAACCGCCAACGCAGCUACCGAGCCAAUCAAACCAACCAAGUGAACCUCUACCAUCUAACUUGGAUCAAACAUUGUACCAACCCUCGAGCCAACCUUUGGACCAAGCUUCGGGACAAACUUUAAAUCAAUCUUCGCGCCAAUAUUUGGAGGCUUCUAAUACGCAUCAAGCAGAAAAGGCCACCAGUGAUAUUAAAGUAGUGAAAGAAACAGAUAGAGAUAAAGAGAGUAGAGUAAGUGCAGUGGUAGAGAAAAAACCAAUGUCGUUAGAAGAGGAGAACAGACAACUCAAAGAAGCAAGGCUGUGUAAAGUGUGUAUGGAUAGUGAGGUGAGCGUGGUUUUCCUGCCGUGCGGGCACCUGGUGUCGUGCGCGCGCUGCGGCGCGGCGCUGGCGGCGUGCCCGCUGUGCCGCGCCGCCGUGCGCGCGCUCGUGCGCGCCUACCUGGCCUGACGCGCCCCCCGCAGAGCAAAUUUUACAAGAAUCACUGUUUGGAGUCUCCCAAUCUCGUAUCAUGUGCAAUUAGAUGUUCAUUCAAGUGCAUUAGAUACUAAUGUGUUCGUGGUACAUUAGAGGUGUGUCUUAGGUUACAAUCAUACAGACAUCUCGUCAUUAUCACUUACGGGUAGACAGAGCCAAUAGUCUCGAGAAGACUCGAAAGCCACGUUCAGCCGCAUGGCGAUAGAAACAGGUUGCUGGACCAUCGCCUAAAAUAAGAAUCCCAAAUUUAUAAGCCUUUCUAUAAUUUAAUUUUACAAUCAAUGGUAUUCCAUUUCUAUGGUAAGACUAUUUAUAUUUACAAAAAAUUAUACUUACUCAUUAUAGGCGGAUGGCACUACAUAAUAUCUUUUAUUUUAUAAUAGUUUCCAGCAACAUGCUUAGUCGCCUGGUUGCAGCAAUGUCUUGCCAAAAAAAGUAAUUAAAAUGUAUCCAUGAUAUGUAUCGUUUUAGUUUUUUUUUGUUAUAUACAUACCUACAUUUAUCCACUUCUAAGAGAAGACAUAGAGAUUUUAAACGCAGAAGUCAAUUUGUGAGCUUGUAUUUUUUCCAAUAGUGGCUAGUGGCAAAUUUCCAAUUAUUUAUCUGUAGAAGUUUUAGCCCUGAUACUUUCUCAAAAAAAUGCUGCUACUUUUUAUGAAUUGAUCGUUUCAUGAAAUAAAGCAUAGAAAUAUUGUUACUUGCUCAUCUAGUAGUCACGCAAUAGAUACACUAUGUAAGUAUGUAAAGAAAUGCUUAUCAAUUUGAACCACGGGCACUACCCUGUUAAGAUAAUAUAAGCACUGUUGGCGAUUCUAUUGAGCAUUAAAAAUGUAGUUAAUUAUAGUUUUCUUAUAUUUUUUUAUUGUCACAUAAUUAUGUACUAAGUACAUUGAAUAUUUAAUGAUGUGAUAAAGAUGUCUUACAAUAAACACCUAAAUACUUUUUGAAAUUAUCAAAAGAAAUAAAAUUAUAAUUGUAUAAUGUAUAUAUGAUGCAAUGCGAAUUGUGAUUAAGAAUGCAUUUUUUUUGUUCCGAUCCUAAAUCUUUUAUCCUUUUUGCACUAGAAUCGACGUUAGUGUUUAUGUAUUUAAUAUAUACUUAGUUUACACUUUAGGCCUACAUAAAAUGUACGCUUGUAGUGUAUCAUGCAAUUGAGACACCUAAGUGUUGAUAUUAAUACUUCGACCAAUUUAAUUUAAUUUUAUAAUAACAAAAUAAAAAUUAACCCUUAAAAUAAAGUCAUUUUAGAGGUUCAAAGCAUGAAAAUUGAAUUUUAAUUGUGGGAUUUUUCUAUUAAAAAUGUUGUUUAUAAAAUUGACCGGAGUAUAAAUUUCACCUUUAUAUAUGCACCACUCCGAUGUAAUAUUCAAAACUUCCUCGCUCUAAAAAUCCAUAAUUUUGCCCAUGCCCAUCCACCAUUGUAUUAAUAUCGUAAUUUACUCAUUAAACUAUUAAAAUAAUAAAUAGGACUAACUUUUGAGCAAAUUGACACUACAAUAUAUUCGUAGCCUUAUCUAGCUCAUAAAGUUGACUAUGUUUGCGUUGACUGAAAACGGAUGUACUGAGCAGAGUGAAAGUGGGUCCUUUAGUAAAGAGUGGGUAGGAUACGUAACCACGAUAGUUUCUAUAAGAUGUUAAUGAUUGUUUUAAUGGUAGCGGUGUUUUGUGAACGAACUUUAAUGAAAUGGUUUAAAUAU